AUGCCCUCAUUCUCCUCAUCCUCCGCCCCCGCACCGGGCGCUUCUUUCCUCGACUUUCGUACCCCCAAAUCCCCUAAACGAUUAUUCACCCUCGGCUCUUCUGCCUCUUCCUCCCACCCACCUCUACCAAUGUCGACAUCUACAGUCGGCCACUCGCGCACGCCCUCAGAUCUUGGCUUUGGCGUCACUGUGGUGAAAACGCCACGAGAGGCUGCUGCCUCCAGCAUGAAACAAGCUGCCGGGCUCAUCACCCCGCCUUCCAAACCACCUCCCCUUCCGCCCAUGCCUUCCUUGAACUCUCUCCCCACCUUGCCCUCCCAGGCUCGCUACCCCCAGCCUUCUUCCAAGAACCACCCCCACUCCGCCCAUGCGUACGGGCAUCAGUCCAACAAGUCGGUCGACAAUUCGUAUACUUUCACUGCCAAGCUCGAGCGCUCUGCCGUACCGGAGCGCAGUACAUCCACUCGCGCAGACUUGCGGGCUGGGCUCGAGCCGAGGCUGGGCCGAGGGCUGGCAAAGAGUCCUAGUGCAGCGCCGGUCCUUGGAGAGAGGAUAAAGGACCGGAUAGAAGCAAAGGAUACUGUGGGGCCUAUGCCUAUUACGCCCAACCGUCGAUCUGCGAAAUCACCUUUCCUCUCGCCGGGCCCCUCGACGGUACAUACUCAUACGAGGUUAAACUCUCAUGCGAGCUUUCUCAAUUCGCCGCCGGUGAGCUAUCAUUCCAGGUCAUCUUCGGUAGGGGGUAGGUCGCAGAGGUCUUCGGCUAUGACGAGUGGAUCAUCUGGGUCGGGGAAAGAGUCGAGCUCGUCUUCUAUCCCGCCUUCGCCGAUAUUGAAGCGGCCGAGUAUGUCGCAUCGCACGACUAUCAAGCCUCCCCCGCGGACACCUUCCAAACCUGACACCCCUUUCCACGCUACCCUCCUCUCUCUCACUCGCAAACCUCUGCCUCGUUUGCCCACAGGCGAGCAAGAGAGUGUUACGCUGGUGAAUAUCGAGUCUGCCUACUCGCUCUCUGACCCUGCAAAGAAUGAGAAUGUCACCUUGCCUUUGGAGGUGCUCAGGGAGGGCGGAGGAUAUUUGGGAGAGUGGGUGCAAGGGUGUUUGAUUGUGCAGGAAGAGGAAGAGAGAAGGACAAGAGAGAAGGAGCGAGAGCAGAGGGAAGAGAGGGAAGUGUUGAUGAAGGAGAGGGAGAGAAAGAUGCCGGCUAUGACGGAUGGCGAGAGUGCCGAGGAGAGUGAUCUGGAAAGCGAUUAUGAGUUGAAUCUCCUUCGUGAAGAGUACCUCAAGUCGAUACACGUUGCCCCGUCCCCCGACUCAUCCUUCAGCACUCUCCCACCCUUCCCUUCUCCUCCCCUCCGAUUCAACCCCAUCACACCGCCGUCGUCCCACCUGCCCCUUCCCAAAUCUCCAAAACCCUCUGGCUACAAACGCGCUCAGACCCGAAACCAAUACACCCAACUCAUCAGCAAACCUCGUACACCAGGGUCUUCCAAUGAGCCGGUCGUGCCGCCUUUGGCUUAUGAGAUAUCCAUGAUUGGGGAGAAGGGGAGCACGCCUCCUCUGAAUGUUAGGAGGAAGGCCCAGAGGUUGUCUUUGCAGCUCAGGGCCGAGGUAGAGAAUAAGGAAAAGGGCAUGUUUACCGAGAUGCGCGUCUUUCUCACGCGAGAAGCCGGGGCAUACCACCAAAUUACCCACCGCCUCCUCUCUGGCGACUGGCCAGAAUUCACCCCAUCGCUCAAGGCGAGAACAGAGAAAGAGCUGCUGUGGCUGGGUAUGAAGGAGCUGGUGGAAGAGCUGAAGCGACCGGUUUUGGGGCCGCUUUUGAGUGAGUCGAGUGAGGGUAAAGGAUCUGGAUUGGGGUUGGAUAUUGAUUUGAGGGAUGUGAGGCCAUUUGGUACUCGGGGGGAAGAGCAGGGGCGGCAGGUGAGGUCGGAGAGGCCGGAGGAGAGGGAGAGGGAGAGGGAGGAGAGAAAGUCUGGGACGCCUAGUGGCAGGUGGAGAGAGAGGGCGAGGGAGAAGAGCUUGGUGUUGAGAGGGGGUUAUAUUUGA